GUUGUUUACUUAUUCGUCACAAUUACAAAUUUCAUAAUAUUUUGUGUGUAAAGUUUAUUCUGUGUACACGGUUCACAAAUCAUGAACUGAUUCCUCAUUCGUACAUGGUGUUGCUUACUUAGUUUCCUUUAUGAGGUGAACUGUACACGUCCUAUGCUUGUAGUAUAAGAUAUUGUCAUAAAAAUAAAUAUUCUGUGUGUAAAGGAAAACAUUGAUAUAUAUAAGGAACACUUUCAGUUUCGUGGAGAAAUGUCAGCAGCAGAGGAGAACACAGGAGAUGCUCCAGCAGCAGCUUCAUCUGUCUCGGGUGAAAGCAAAAUUAAAUCUGGAUAUGUUGAUAUCAAGAAAAUGCAAGAGACAUCUGGAGCGUCCUCAGUGUUUUCUAAGGCCUUCAGUAAUCUGAAGAAAUCUGAAUUUUAUGAGGAACCUCCUCCAGAAGUCAAGAGUGCGUCAGAACUCAACAAUGCAAAAAACGCAGCAUCAGGAGGAACAAAACCUGCCACCAAAAAUUGUGUUAUUGUUAGCUCAAGACAGAGAGGGAACCCGAUACUUAAAUCAAUAAGAAAUGUCCCAUGGGAGUACGGAGAGAUUGUUCCUGAUUACACAAUGGGCAGUACAACCUGUGCCUUGUUCCUGAGUUUGCGAUACCACAACCUGAACCCUAAUUACGUACAUGAUCGUCUAAAGCAGCUUGGCAGGCAGUAUGAGCUACGAGUGCUAUUAGUGCUGGUUGAUGUGAAGGACCCCCACCAUGAGCUGAAACAGUUGACCAAAAUCUGCGUGAUGGCCGACAUGACCCUAAUGCUGGCUUGGAGUAAUGAAGAGGCUGGCAGAAUCAUUGAAGUGUAUAAAAUGUUUGAGCACAAGCCUCCAGACCUCAUCAUGGAAAAGCAAGAUGGCAAUCCAUACUCCAUGUUAAUCGACGCCCUCACAUCAAUCAGAUCCAUCAAUCGCACAGAUGCCAUGACCCUCCUUUCAAACUUUGGAUCACUGGAAAAAAUCCUGGCUGCCACACAGGAGGAGCUGGCCUUCUGCCCUGGGCUUGGUCCGCAGAAAGCUACCAAGCUGCAUAAAGUUCUUAAGCAACCCUUCAAGAAAAAUGACACCCGGAAGAAGGUCAACACCCAGCCGCAGAAGGUGUUAUCAGGCUCAAGUCAAACAAAGGAAGUGGAAGAUGCAACAGAAAACUAGUUGUCAAUUAGCCUGGUAUUCCUUAACAUACAGAAGGCCUCAAAUGAGCAGUCUUUUAUUGUUUUUUUUAUCAAACAGUAAAUUAUUUUGAAUAGA